AUGGAAUCAUAUACAUCAUCAGUUGAUUUAACUAAAUAUGAUCAACUUGAAAGAGAAGAUUUUGAUUCAGAUUCAGAUGAAAGCCAAUCCUCAGGAUAUGAUUCUUGUGACAGCAGCGAAUGUAGUUCAGUGAAGGUCAAGGUCAAUGAAACAAAAUGUCGACAGCCAUCAUCAGAAACAAUGGUAUUUAAAAGUCAAGAAUCGUUAUGUGUCAGUUUAGACUAUAUAUUAUCCAUGCCAGAAUUAUGUGAUGUCGUAUUUCUUGUUGGUCAAAAUAAAACACCAGUUUAUGGGGUCAAGGCCAUUUUAGCCACAAGAAGUCGAGUUUUCUACCAAAUGAUUUUACAGAAACAGAAGCAGGUCAAGGCCAGUAAGAAGGUCAAAGAUGAUAAGUUCAAGGGUCAACUGGUGUUAGAGGUUAUGAACUAUGAUGAAGAUGUGUUUAGAAGAUUGAUCAGUUUUAUUCACUGUGGUAAAGUGAAAGUAGAUGUGCUAUCAGUUAUAGGAUUAUUUUGUGCUGCUGUAGAAUAUGAUAUGAAGGAUUUAAAGAAGGCAUGUUGGGAUUAUUUUCUGAGGUGUCUGAAUAACCAUAAAGAGGUUUUGUUGGAAACCGUUAAGAAUUUCAACAGUCAUAGAGGAAUUAAACAUAUAUUAGACAAGAUAUACAAUUGUGUUACCGUGUAA